AUGGUGAGCCCAGCCAUGUUGAAGGGGAUGAACACAGAGGUGUACGGUGAGGGGCACCCCUUCGGCGACCCGUCGUGGUACCAAGCGUACAACACGCCCUACUACAACGACAGCCACAAGCAGUUCCGAAAGCUGAUGCGCGAGUACGUUGAUGAGCACAUCAUGAGCAACGUGCACGACUGGGACGAGAAGGGCGUCAUCCCCAAGGAGAUGUACCUGGAAGCCGGCAAGCAGGGCACACUGGCUCUGUGCAUCGGAAGGCCCUGGCCAGAGAAAUACUACGGAAAGGCCCCGUGGGGCUUCGAGCCGGACUAUUUCCAUGAGCUGAUCAUGUAUGACGAGAUGUCGCGGACUGGUAGUGUCGGAUUUCAGUGGGGCAUCGCUGGUGGUACCACGAUUGGACUGCCGCCGGUGUACCACCAUGGCAGCGAAGAGCUAAAGCAGCGCGUGGUCACUCCAUGCGUGAAGGGCGAGAAGGUUUGCUGUUUGGCCAUCACCGAGCCGACAGCCGGCAGUGAUGUGGCCAACUUGAAAUGCACUGCCAAGUUGGAGGGUGACCACUACAUCCUCAAUGGUGAAAAGAAGUGGAUCACCAACGGAAUCUUUGCAGACUAUUUCACUGUGGCCUGCCGAACAGGAAAGCCGGGCGUGGGAGGAAUCAGCUUGCUGCUUGUGGAGAAGGACAUGCCUGGAGUGGAGACGAGAAAGAUGAAGUGCUCCGGCGCGUGGUCGUCUGGUACCACGUACAUCACCUUCGACGAUGUCAAGGUGCCUAAGGGCAACCUUCUCGGCAAAGAGGGCAAGGGUUUCCAGUAUAUGAUGCAGAACUUUAACCACGAGCGUUUCGCUUUCUGUGCCAUGAGCACGCGCUUCGCCCGAGUUUGCUUGGAAGACUCCCUGAAGUUUGCCGGCAAGCGCAAGACCUUCGGCAAGACCCUGAUUCAGCACCCAGUGAUUCGCUGGAAGGUGGCGGAGAUGGCCCGCCAGAUUGAGGCAACGCAGAACUGGCUGGAGUGGAUCACCUUCCAGCUGAAUACAAUGCCGAAGAUAGAGGCUAUGCUGAAGCUGGGAGGGCACACUGCACUUUGCAAGGUGCAGUGCACCAAGGUGAUGGAAUACUGUGCACGAGAGGCCGCUCAGAUCUUUGGAGGCCUAUCGUACUCGCGAGGAGGCCAAGGAGAGAAGGUCGAGAGACUGAACCGGGAAGUGCGCGCCAUGGCCAUCCCAGGAGGCUCUGAAGAGAUCAUGCUGGACCUUGGGGUGAAGCAGUCCACAAAGCUUGCUCAGAUGGCGAAGAUGUUCGCGGAAGCCGCGCCGCAACCGGCGGCGGCAAAGCUCUAA